CACCACUCUCGCCACAGGACGGGUCAGGCCAGGAGGACUCGGGAGUUGGGAGGACUCUACAACUCCAGGGAUCUCACUCCCCCGUCGCUCGCGUCCUUCCCUCCCUGGGAACUUGGUUCCAGCACCCGUCUCUCUUGCGAGAGACGACACCACGACUCUCCCAUGGAAGCGCGCGCAUGCUGUAGUGUAGUGUAGUCUAGACUUCUCAUGAUCACAACUCACGGGACGGGACAACGACCGUUGCACAACAGCAAUGCACACAGCGACCGUUGACCGUUGGCCCGCCUCAAACGCUCAUAAAGGCUCUCUCGGCGCAAGUGGCGCGCACAUUCGAGGCGCCUCCAACGCUCCCUCGGGCUCGCCGUGCGCGCGCGUACAUCUGCGCUGACGCGCGCGGCGGAUCUAGUGAAGGGCGGCCGCUUAUUCUGGAGGAACGAAUCGAGUCGAGUCGAGUCGAGGUGCACGGCGGGGCACACGGCGAGACGCCCUUCCAUUCUCGCUCUCUCUUGAAUCGCGGUCGUUAGACAACAGCGGAAGAGAGAUCGUCCCUCUUCCGUUCUCUUGAAGCCCGCUCAGAGUGACUCUCGAGUCUCUUGUCUCAACUCCGAACCUCCGAUGCUGCUUCGACUCUCCGAACCUACCAGCCUUGGAUCCUCCCCGGCGGAGCCUUUUCCCUGCACGAAGAGUCUGACAUCAUGACGACUCGGAGUCAAUCCAACGGUCGUGAAUGCGGCGGAUCUCGAGGUCGGAGCGCGUUUCCCAAUGCGCGCCACGUGCUGCUCGUGCUGCGACUCGUGGUGCUCGGCGUCGCAGGCUUGGCGUUGGAUCACGGGGUCCUCCGCUGCUGCCACGUGGCGGUGGUAGCAGCGACGUCUGCUGAUGCUGCUGCUGACGUGUCAACAGCAUCAUGGCCACCAUCACCAGCGGCAAAGGGAGGAGCAGGGGAAGGGGUAGGUGGAGGAAUAAGUGGGGAGUUGGGGAAGAGCCAGCAGCAGCAGCAUGGGUGGAUGCAUGGGUGGGAGGUGGAGGGGUGCUGCGUGCGUGCAGGAGAGGGCAUUGGAGACGCAGCAGCAAUCAUCCCAGGCAUCCCCUCCCAGUCCGUGUUCCGCCGUGUGCCCACCCGCCCCGGCUGCCUCUACGCGCUCUCCUUCCUCUUCUCCUCACACCCCUCCAAGCUGCAGCAGCAGCAGCAGCAGCAGCAGGAGCAGCAGGAGCAGGAGCAGCAGCAGUGGGGGCUCCAGCAGAAUCCGCAGCGUCAAAAUGAAAAAGCAGCAGCAGCAGCAGCAGCGGCAGCAGCAGCAGCAGCAGAGGCAGGGAGUGUGCUGUUGACGGCAGUGGGCAUGUCUGAGGACCAUGAGCAGCACCUUCUGAUGGACGCAGUGCGAGAGAGGAUGACCCACCAGUGGACUCUCAAGACCUUGGGUUUCACUGCCACCACCCCCUCCACCCUCCUCACCUUCGCGUCCCUGCCCUCAUCGCAUCACUCGCCUGCAGCUGCUGCCUGCUGCCGCUGCACUGGGACUAGCAGUAGCAGCACCAGCACCAGCAGCGGCAGCAGCAGCGGCAGCAGCAGCAGCAGCAACGGCAGCAUUAGCAGCAGAAGCGGCCAGGGGUGCUCUUCCUUGCUCUCAGCAGUGCCUGUAGCAGCCAUUGCCAACGUCACUGUCAGCCUCGUUCACUGCCCCACCAGCAGCGGCACCAGUGGCGGCGGCAGCGGCAGAAGUGGAAACUUCAGCAGAUGGGAAGUAGAAGAUGUAGGAGAGGAAGCAAGGCAGGAAGGCGAGCAAGAUGUGGCAGCACACUCACGCUCCUCCUCUCUGCCACCUGUCGCUCUCCUGUUGGAGAACAGCAGUCCCCUCCCACCUGCUGACGUGGCAGCAGAUAUGGCAGCAGCAGUGGCAGCGGUAGAGGCUGGGGGAUGGGGGGAGAAGGGAGAUGAUCGGAGAAGGUGGGAGGGAGAAGAGGAGGAGGGAUCAUUUGCUUCAGAUUUUGCUGCUCCUGGUCUUUCCCCUCUCCCCUCCCUCUCCUCCCCUCCUCCCUCUCCUAUGCCUUGCUCUCGCACGCUCCUUCGCCUCCUUGCUUCCCCUCCUCCUUCUCCCUUUCCUCCUCCUCCGUCUCCCCAUCACUCCAUGGCAACAUCGAGUGCCGGCCUAUUGAGUCACAUAGCUGGAGUACAGGACACAAACCUCACGCCCCCAAUCUCUUCUCCAUCCAUCGCACCUCCUCCCAUUCCUCUCUCCACCUCUCCUCCUCCCUCGUCCGUUACAGCCCUCCCCAUACUUCCACUUCCCAUGGCCGCUCCCACCCCUCCUACCCCUCCCCCCCCUGUCACUGUCCCCUCCCAACCAUCCUUAGAUCCCUUUUUCCACCUCCCCCUCCCGCUCCUUCCCCACAAUCUCCUCCCCAACCGCACACCACCCAUCCGCAAACCCCCCCUCCCCAAACGCCCCCCAAUCAAACGCAAGCCCCCUCGUCCCCCUCCCCGCCCCCCUCCCCGCCCUCCACCACCCCCCCCUAGCCCCCCCCCUCCGCCCUCCCCUCCCCCUGCUGCGUGGUACCGUAUGUUUGAAGCGGGACAGCCUGUAAAGAGGAUAGCAGUGGCGUAUAAUGGGAAGAACGCACGGGUGGAAGGGAACAGCGUGCAACUGACGUUUCAGCAAGGAACAGGAGGCUCCCUGUGGCAGUCUGCAGCCCCGUUCGCCUCAGGUGUAUUCCACACCGCCCUCUCCUGCCCCUCAGGGGACACCUCUGGCCUGCUCGUGUCCUUUGGGCUAUCCAGCACCGGCAGCACGAGUCCAACCUACGGAGUGACCUUUGACAUGGUGGGGAACAACAAGACGAAGCUGCUGGCCACGCUGCACCGCGGUGGCAAGGCCUUCCCCUCCUUCAUCACCCUCCCCUCGCCCUGCGACUCCGCCCCUGCUCACCUCUCCCUCUACUGGGACGCCCACUACGUCUCUUGGUAUGUGAACCGGCAGUUUGUGCGGUACCUCCCCCGGUCCAACUCGGCCCUGCGCUUCCCCUCUGUGCCGCUCGUGCUGUUUGGCACCAUCAAGGCCGCUGCUCUCACUGACAUGGGGCGGUGGGCUGGGAGACUCACAGGGGACAAAUCACCCAAGACUGCAGCGUGGAGAGGCAUAUCUGCCAUCACACCCCUCAUGGCUCGAGUGGGCGCCCCUCCCCCCCCUGUUCCACUACCGACUGUGGUGUGGCCGGGGCAGCUGGGGCCCGCAGUGGGGCCUCUGGCGGUGGACUACUGCAAGGAGCACUGCGAGGGGUGCGAGGGUUCGACCGGUGGAAUGGCGACCAUACGAUUCGAUAAUAAGUGCGGCUCUCGCUUCCGGUCGCCGCUGCCCUUCGCCUUUGGGUUCUUCUCGGUGGACUUCAAGUGCCCCUCGGGCCUCACCAGCGGCCUCGUCUCCAGCUUCUACGUAACCCCAUCCACCCAGUUCGGCGCGUCUCAACAUCGCAGAACUCCAAACAGACUAUCAACGCAGGAGGGCAGCGGGCGGCAGGACGAGAUCGACUUUGAGUGGCUGGGCAAGAGCAACGCGCACGUGCAGACCAACUACUACGUCUCAGGGGUGGGCGGCCACGAGGGCUGGCACACUCUCGGCUUUGACUGCUCAAAGGCGUUUCACAACUACGCCAUCCUAUGGACUGCUGCGCGAAUUGUCUGGUUUAUUGACAAACUCCCUAUACGAGCGGUGGUAAACAACACUGCAUUAUCAGCCGAACCUUAUCCAUCCAAACCUGCUUUCCUCUAUGCAAGUGUUUGGGAUGCAAGCCGUUUGAGCCGUGGCCUGUGGUCAGGGAAAAGGGCAAGGCGUACGAUUGGAAAUCGUUAUUGGAAGGUGUUUGCCAGAUACAAGAACAUAAAGGUCGUUUCUCCUUUGUUGUGAUAGUACUCAGGGCUGACGUUAAAAAAAAAAACCACCCUGAGCUGUCGACUAGAUUUCUUUUUUUUAACCCUGAGGGCUCUGUUUUGGAAAAAUCCCUACCCUGAUCUGUCAGUGUUCAGGAACCUGAAACCCUGAAAUUCCCAGGGUUCACGAACACAAUCAGGGUCGAAUUCAAGACCGGUCGAGAAUUUCCUGAAAUUCAAAUUCCCACCAAACACUUCAAAUCCCGUGUUUUUAUGGCCUCAACUUUUGCCCCCGCCCAAACUCGCCGCCCUCCCCAAAUCCCUCCCCCAAAUCUCACCCCACACCAGGGUCCUAAAUAGCAUACUUUUUUUGUCUGAUUGUCUGAUUUUCAGACUGGUUUUUAGGGGUUUCUCUGAUUUUUCAGACAGGGGCUUGCAAAAACUCUGAUUGGACU